AUGACUUCCCCUGCUCCCCUUGCCGCCGCCACGACCGCCCUCACCUCCCUCGAGAACACGUUUGGGCCGGGGGCCAAAAUGUGGCACGUUGUCCUGGCCGGCCUCGGCAUCGUCAUCGCCCUCGCCCUGGUGUACGGCGCAGUCCUUUGCUGCCGAGCUUGGCUCGGCAACCGAUAUGUCAAGGUCGCCCCGGUCCCCGCCGACGCCUCGCCCGAGGCCAGGGACUACGCCCGCGCCGUCCUCCGGGAGAGCCGGCCGUCGUGGCCGGGGCGAGUCUUCCGCCGCUACGGCGGCCAAGAAUCGGAAGUGAUUGAACUUCCGAUUGUUCAGCCCGCCGCCGCCAGCCAGCCCGCCGCCACCAGCCAGCAUGCCGCCGCCGCCGCCGCCGCCGAAGAGCAGGCCCAGGCCGCCGCCGCCGCCGCAGAAGUGCUGCCCGCCGCCGCCGCCGCCCUCCAGCAGGCCCAGGCCGCCCUCCAGCAGGCCGCCGUCGCCCUCCGGCAGGUCCCCGCCGCCGAGUCGACCUUGGGCAAGUUCAACAGGCUCUUCCGCCGCCGCCAGCCCAACUAA